AUGGAGUACCUGGUGCGCUUCUCACAGGCUCACGAGUCCUUUAGACUCCCUGAGCUACAGGCUCUGGCGGAUCUCGAGGGUAUCGACAUGAAGGUUGUCGAGUACAGCCAUGAGACUCCCUUCUGCAUCGUAACACUCCCCUCCCACGCAUCCGCCUCAAAACUCGUCGCCCGCUCCCUCCUCACGCAAUCAAUCCACCACCUCUGGGCCGCAGCCCCCUCCCACGACGCCCUCCACGCCUCCCUGAAGCCCAACUUCCCGCCAGACUCCCCCCCGAAAGAGACCCCCUUCUGGCUCCCCUCCUACCAGACGGCCUCCUUCCGCUUCGCCCUCGACACCUACCAAAACUCCCGCCCCCACGCCGACUUCGUCGCCCUCAUCAACGCCUUCAAAUACCUCCCUCUCAAGGGCCCCAUCAAGAUGAAGAACCCGGACAUCGAGUUCACAAUCUUCGAGGACUGGGACCUCCACGGCCCGGCCCCGAAACGCGUCUACCUCGCCCGCCACCUCGCCAACGGCGCCCGCCACCUCUCCCUCACUUACGACCUCAAGAAGCGGGGCUACAUCAGCACCACCUCCAUGGACUCGGAGCUCGCCCUCGUCACCGCCAACAUCGCCCACGCCGGCCCCGGCAAGCUCUUCUACGACCCCUUCGUCGGCACCGGCAGCUUCCCCGUCGCCUGCGCCCACUUCGGCGCCCUCGGCUUCGGCUCCGACAUCGACGGCCGCAGCAUCCGCGGCAGCGGCGGCAAGCGCUCCCUCCGGGGCAACUUCAGACAGUACGGCCUGCAGCACCUCGUCGGCGAGUUCUGGACCGCCGACCUGACCAACUCGCCGGUGCGCCGCGCGCGCUGGCUCGACGGCAUCGUGUGCGACCCGCCGUACGGCGUGCGCGAGGGGCUGAGGGUGCUCGGGUGCCGGGACCCGGAGAAGACGCCGUGGGUGGUCGAGGCCGGCAAGGAGCGGUACAAGGACACGGACUUCAUCGCGCCCAAGAAGCCGUACAGCUUCCUGGCGAUGCUGGACGACAUCCUCGAGUUCGCGAGUGAUACGCUGGUGGAUGGCGGGAGGUUGUCGUUCUGGAUGCCCACGGCCAACGACGAGGAGCAGGAGAUACCCGUGCCGGAGCACCCGAGGCUGGAGAUUGUCGUGAUGUGUGUGCAGCCCUUCAACAAAUGGUCACGGCGACUCAUCACAUAUCGCCGCAUUCCCGACGGCCAGGUCGACCAGGAGAAACUGGCGGCCUACAAACGCACAACCCACGAAGGAACGACAGCAGAUGAACUGAACCCCUUUCGGAGGGGGUACUUCACCAAGUUUGAAAAAGAAGAAGCCUAA